GUAACCACAACUGUUUACAUGGUUAGUAACGAUUAAGCGUAGCAUGGCUCGACCCUUGAACUGGAAAAACCAAUGAGCAAUCAAUGCAAGUAUCAAAACAGUGUCACACUUUAAUACAGUUUUAGAAUACAAAAAUGCGGACAGUUUUAGCUGUAGUUUUGGCGAUUUUAUGCACAACAGGCACUGCGGCAGCUGUUGACAAACGAAAUCACUUAACCAUCGGAGAUGUUAACGGAGAUACCCCCCUUCAUCUUACAGUGCGCUUAAACGACCUAAAUCUGACCCGUCUGUUGCUCAUCGCUGGAGCCGAUAUUAACGCAAAGAAUAAUGCCGGCAUUGCACCUCUGCACAUGGCAAUUUACAAAUCCAACGUGGAAAUGGUGAAACUGUUAUUGGAGCAUGGUGCGAAUGUGGAUGCUCAAACGAAUAGAGGAAAUAGUCCUCUCCACGAGGCAGUUGCGAAAAAGGACGUUGGCAUUGUAACUACGCUCCUGAAAAGUGGAGCCAGUCUUGACAUUCAAAAUGAAGCAGGGAACACGCCGCUUUUGGUCACCUUACAAAACGGUCUGCAAGAUAUCGCGCAAAUACUCAUUACACAUUCUAGCUCAAAGGUGCCAUUGAACUUCAAAGUAAAUGCCUACUGAAGAGAUCUGUGUAUUUUGUGCCCAAGAGUCACGUUUUUUUUAUAAGUGUGGCUAUAGAGGGAGUCGCCUGGUGCCAAUUUAGUGUAAUACAAUGUUAAAAUAAAUAAUGUAAUAUACGCUAAUAUCAUAGUA